AUGACCUCUUAUAUUCGAUUUUCUCAAGACUCAAGCAAACAACGUGAACCGGUCCAAUAUGACGAGAACAGAAAUCCAUUAAAGAAGGACCCGUCGAUCAGGGGACGUGCUGACUCAACCGAAUCACGGACUGAUCAAACGCGCUCCAUGCCCAGUCGACUAGAUCAGCUCAUAGAAAGCUGCUCCACAGUCUCUUCCACCACCAAACGUCCUCGCUCUACCUACUCUCAUCCGCAACUUGUUGAGUUGGAGAAAGAAUUUCACUAUGCCAAUUACCUAUCUCAGAAACGGCGUCUGGAAUUGGCCGCUCAAAUUGGACUGACCGAGAGACAGAUUAAAAUUUGGUUUCAAAACAGACGAAUGAAACAGAAAAAGGACAAUUUGCAGGCGGAUCGAUUGAGAAACAGGUAA